AUGCAAGACUCUUUUUAAGAGAAGCAAGCUCUCGCUGACAUCUUUAAUUUAAUAAAAGAUGUAGAUAUACAAAUUUUUGGGGCAAUAUUAGAAAUAUUAAGGAAGGAAAAAGCUUAAGACAUUAUUGGAUUUCUAUCAGAUAUUGGGAAUCAGAGAUCAUUAGAAUCAUAAAUUUUAUAACAAGUAGGAAAUUUCACCCAAGUUGAUACAUAAUAGAAAUUGUCUGUUAUCGGAAAUGACAAGAAGUAAAUUACAGAUGUCUUAAGAAAAUUAAAAGAUCAUGACUUCAACAACAAAGACUUUUCCUCUGAAGAAAAUGAAGAAUCUAAAUUAAUUCUAAUUAAUAGCAUCAAGGAUAAUAAUUAGAUCAUAGAAUUUUUGCAAUUUUUAGUUCUCCUUACAUCCAUUGAUGAAGCUUUCAUAUAGGGUGGGUCGAAUUCAUUACAUUUAUUAGUUUAGAUGAUGGUGGACCUUAGAAACAAAAAAUUUGAAAAUAUUAAGAUCUAAAAUACUUCCUUGGCAGGAGGCAAUUUUUUUAGGUGCAACUUAAGUGGAUCCUAAUUUAAUAAUAUCAACAUAAAUGGAAUAAAUUUUAAUGGAGCAUUAUUAUUUAAUUGUAGAUGGAAAGAAUUAAAAAUCCAUGAAUUAAAUAAAUUAAAUGGUCAUACUAGUGCUAUCACCUCAGUUUGUUUCUCUCCUGAUGGAAAUACAUUAGCUUCUGGUAGUGAUGAUAAGUCUAUCCGUCUAUGGGAUGUGAAAACAGGAUAAUAAAAAGCCAAAUUAGAUGGUCAUACUAGUUAUGUCUAGUCAGUCUGUUUCUCUCCUAAUGGAAAUACAUUAGCUUCUGGUAGUCAAGAUAACUCUAUCCGCCUAUGGGAUGCCAAAACUAAGAAAAAAAUAGCCAAAUUAGAUGGUCAUACUAAUUAUAUCUACUAAGUCUGUUUCUCUCCUGAUGGAAAUACAUUAGCUUCUGGUAGUGAUGAUAAGUCUAUCCGUCUAUGGGAUGUCAAAACAGGAUAAUAAAAAGCCAAAUUAGAUGGUCAUACUAGUACUGUCUACUCAGUCUGUUUCUCUCCUGAUGGAAAUACAUUAGCUUCUGGUAGUGAUGAUAAGUCUAUCCGUCUAUGGGAUGUCAAAACAGGAUAAUAAAAAGCCAAAUUAGAUGGUCAUACUAGUACUGUCUACUCAGUCUGUUUCUCUCCUGAUGGAAAUACAUUAGCUUCUGGUAGUGAUGAUAAGUCUAUCCGUCUAUGGGAUGUCAAAACAGGAUAAUAAAAAGCCAAAUUAGAUGGUCAUACUAGUACUGUCUACUCAGUCUGUUUCUCUCCUGAUGGAAAUACAUUAGCUUCUGGUAGUGAUGAUAAGUCUAUCCGUCUAUGGGAUGUCAAAACAGGAUAAUAAAAAGCCAAAUUAGAUGGUCAUACUAGUACUGUCUACUCAGUCUGUUUCUCUCCUGAUGGAAAUACAUUAGCUUCUGGUAGUGAUGAUAAGUCUAUCCGUCUAUGGGAUGUCAAAACAGGAUAAUAAAAAGCCAAAUUAGAUGGUCAUACUAGUACUGUCUACUCAGUCUGUUUCUCUCCUGAUGGAAAUACAUUAGCUUCUGGUAGUGAUGAUAAGUCUAUCCGUCUAUGGGAUGUCAAAACAGGAUAAUAAAAAGCCAAAUUAGAUGGUCAUACUAGUACUGUCUACUCAGUCUGUUUCUCUCCUGAUGGAAAUACAUUAGCUUCUGGUAGUGAUGAUAAGUCUAUCCGUCUAUGGGAUGUCAAAACAGGAUAAUAAAAAGCCAAAUUAGAUGGUCAUACUAGUACUGUCUACUCAGUCUGUUUCUCUCCUGAUGGAAAUACAUUAGCUUCUGGUAGUGAUGAUAAGUCUAUCCGUCUAUGGGAUGUCAAAACAGGAUAAUAAAAAGCCAAAUUAGAUGGUCAUACUAGUACUGUCUACUCAGUCUGUUUCUCUCCUGAUGGAAAUACAUUAGCUUCUGGUAGUGAUGAUAAGUCUAUCCGUCUAUGGGAUGUCAAAACAGGAUAAUAAAAAGCCAAAUUAGAUGGUCAUACUAGUACUGUCUACUCAGUCUGUUUCUCUCCUGAUGGAAAUACAUUAGCUUCUGGUAGUGAUGAUAAGUCUAUCCGUCUAUGGGAUGUCAAAACAGGAUAAUAAAAAGCCAAAUUAGAUGGUCAUACUAGUACUGUCUACUCAGUCUGUUUCUCUCCUGAUGGAAAUACAUUAGCUUCUGGUAGUGAUGAUAAGUCUAUCCGUCUAUGGGAUGUCAAAACAGGAUAAUAAAAAGCCAAAUUAGAUGGUCAUACUAGUACUGUCUACUCAGUCUGUUUCUCUCCUGAUGGAAAUACAUUAGCUUCUGGUAGUGAUGAUAAGUCUAUCCGUCUAUGGGAUGUCAAAACAGGAUAAUAAAAAGCCAAAUUAGAUGGUCAUACUCAUAAUGUCUACUCAGUCUGUUUCUCUCCUGAUGGAAAUACAUUAGCUUCUGGUAGUUAUGAUAAGUCUAUCCGUCUAUGGGAUGUCAAAACAGGAUAAUAAAAAGCCAAAUUAGAUGGUCAUACUAGUUGGGUCUAUUCAGUCUGUUACUCUCCUGAUGGAAAUACAUUAGCUUCUGGUAGUCAAGAUAACUCUAUCCGUCUAUGGGAUGUCAAAACAGGAUAAGAAAUUAAAUCCACCGAUAAAGAUUACAAAGAUGUAUCAUAAGAGAUUCCACCCCAAUAAAAUUGUCCUAUUUCAGAAGGUAGUAUUUAUAUUUUCUAUAUUUUAAGUCUCUAAUUAUAUAACUAUAAGCCUAAUAUCCUAAGAGUCAAUAUUUUAAGCUAAAGGAGCUUUAAUUCUGUAAGGAGAGUUUAUUAAUCAGUCAGGUAUUGAUUUAAAAACAUUAUUGAAACAAAAAGGAAGCUAUUUUCUUGAAAGCUUAUCUUAAAAUUGA